CUAGAGCGAGGGUCUCAUUGGUGAAUGGGAAAAAUGAAAUGGUAACCCAAACCGCGUCGUCGUACGGCGGAAGCGAUAUCUAGAAAAGGAAAAGUCGCAGGACGUUAAGCGAAACGCAAUAAAACGAGCCUUUUGCCUUCUACAUGGAUUCCUUGGUACACAGCUUGUGGCUGUGAUUCGUGUGGUGGAUUCGUGUCCAAGUCCAAGAGUGUAGAAAGACAAGUUCGAAAUACCGAGGAAGAGUUCCUAUCGUCGUCGCGUAUACGUGCGGUUAUGUUCGCCAGUUUGUUCGUUUGAAAUAUAUACGUUCGCGAGCCGCGGCGGCGGGUACCAAGGAAUUUUGUAAAUGACUUGGCAGAACGCGACACUAUUUUUAUAUAUCCACCACGUCACCCAGCUGGACGGGAACAGACGUUUUAAUGGUAAAAUAUGUGUUUAUCGCAACUUUUAAUCUCAUAAUCGGUGCGAAACAAUGUCAGAAAGGAAAGUGGAGGAUACGGAAAUCCUGCGAAAGCGGUACACAAACGAUGCCAGUCUCGAACCCGACAUCAUCGACGUAUCUGCCAUCGAUUUCGACGACGCCGAUACUUGGUUGUACGUACCACCACAGGGAUACCGAUUCGAAUCCACGGUUCAAGAUUUGUACACCUGGUUAAGGACUGAACCGGAGCUGUUCUUGUCAGUCAACAAAAAACCGAUCGAUUCGAGGACUUUUACGAGAACCAAAAAGCGGUCCAGCAAAUGUAGUUUCGAAUCUAUUUUGGAAUCUUUAUCUUCGCCCAUAUCGAACACAUGGAGAACAUUUUCAAACGUAGAAGAAGACUUAGGUAAAUAUUCGAACGUCCCUACUGCCAGCAAAGAAGAAACCGUGCCCGCUAUGUUGAGAACGGCAGCCGUCUCGAACGCCAGCUUCCUAAUCGAGGAGUCGACGGCGGCGACGACGUCGGGCCAAGAGAGCAUGGAAGUAUUUUUGAACAUGUCUCAUUCGAAGGGAAUGGACUCGUUCAUCAAUUCGAUGGAACCUGGAUUCAGCGAUCCGUUAAUGAACGUUUCGCAGCCGUCGAUCUUGUACUCGUCCAUCACCUCGAUGAGCAGAGAGGAAGACGCGGGCUCGACGGUAUCGCCCAACCAGAUUACCGACAACCACGAGGACGCCGAGACCUCGUACACGAACGAGCAAGACAAUAACGACAGGACGUUCACGAACAAGGAGUUGACCGACACUUAUGACGCGGACACAACGGUCGUGCCGGUAAAUAAAUUUAGUACGAUCAACUUGUCUUCCACGUUCGUACAAAAUGACGACGACGCGAAUCCGUUGAAGAAUGCACGCGCUACGGACACUACGUACUGUUCGACGAAUGUCGAGAGAGGCGACGACGGUGUUUCUCCGUUCCUGAAUGACACGAAGACUGACGAGUUAAAGAACGUCGAACCUUCCUCUCAGAACGAUGAUCUGAAUGCUACGUUUAAAUUGCCUAUGCCACCUACCAGCAAGCCUAAGACCGUGGUGGAAGCGCUCAACUCCACUUUCAGGGCCAACAAGCAUUUAGAAUCGUCGCGUGUUCACGACAUGGACCUGAAUUCGACCUUCAAAAUGCCGACGUUGUUGAGAAAGGAGCUGUUGUCGGAAAUUUACAAGAACCGAGAUCAUAGACUGAACUGUACGUACGACCAAGACGAGAAGCCUGAGAAGAAAACUGCCAACGACACGUUUGACGUGACGUCUAACGAGAACAUUCCCGUGGAUAAGAAAUACAGCACAUAUAAAAAAGGGUCGCCGGUGAGAGCCAGACCGAGGACCGAGGACGAGGCUGGAGCCUGUACUCGAGACACGCCGGACAAGAGGUACUACACCUUCACAAAGAGAGCCGGUAGCCAAGGAAAGAUCGUGGGAGAGAAUACGGGGUCGUUGGACAACGUGGACGCUAUGUUCGUGAAGCCGCUUCCGAAGCGGAAACAGCACAUACCGCGGAUGCUGUCGAAGUUGCCGCAAUUCCUCCAAAAGUCGAACCCGAACCUGGUAUCGAACUCGCUGCGGCCGGUCAGCAGUUUAGGAUACGCGAAAGGCUCGCAACCGAACGUCAGGGACGUCGAGAAGGUUCUGGCGAGCAAGUUGUAUCUGGGGAAGAUGAGGAGCGGUUCCGAGCAACGUCUCGUGGAGUUGAACAAAGGAGUGGGCGAUCAGAUUUUGAGCGUCGGCGGAUCCACGGAGAGCAUCGAGAGCACGCAGAGUGCCCAUAGCGCGCCUGAUUUGGACGACCGCCUCAGCACGUGCUCGGACUGCAGUCACAGUUCAUACACGACCCAGCCGAUGAACGUCGAGCAACUGCAACAAGUGAUCAGGAUGCAGGAAGAAAGUUUGAAUCAGGACGCGCCGCUUCGGCCCAGGCGAGUUUUAGAGAACACUUGGCCCGAGACGAGGAAAGAUUUACCGUCUCCCAUAUCGAAGAACGGCAUCGAUAGUUCCGACAGAGUUUCACCGUUGAGUAUGGACUACGAUUUUCAAACGAGCUCUCCCAUAAUAAGUCCCACUAGAUCUAGUCAGUCGAUAAACGCUGAUGGUCAGGCGAACAUUGUAUUAAAUCAGCGGAACGAGGCGGACGUGACGAGAAACAUUGAAAUUUUCAACAAGCCAGCAACGAAACUCGAGAAUAAGACGAAACUGCGACAACCGACGAAUUGGAAUGCUGGAAACAGGGCUUCGAGUGGUAUUCCUAGACCGCCGUCUCGCAUACCGGCGCCCCGAUUCUCCAGGCCGGCCGCGAGGAACACCCAAGGUGAUGUAAAAAGAGGGUACACGUGAAAUUGAAGGUAACGCCGCCGAUGUUCGAAGCGAACUCUGCGCGCCUUCUUUUACAUACCGUUACACAAUUUGAUCUGUAUCCAUGUCGGAAUUUGUAUAAAACGAACUGUUCAUAAGUUAUGGGGGAUGAGGAGGUCAUCAUUUCGAGCACGAUGAAAACUCAGUAUUAUUAAAUUCUCGAUGAUAAUAAAAACGAAUUUACUCGCAUCACGUUCUCGAUCUUCUCGGGAUCUGUCGACGCUUGUACGUAAAAACGAUGAGUUUUGUUUAAACGAAUGACAAAUGAAUUAUUCGUCGCACGAAUGGUUUUUGUUUCGAAACUUUGUACAUUAACAAGUUCGCUCGAACACUAUUUAUUCUGUUUAGUCCAGCGACGUUUUAAACCAAAAAUUCUCUUACUUUUUCGAUUAUUAUUUAUGUUUUAUUUAGAGAUUCGACUGGAAUUGACUGUCUCGAUGAUCCAUUGCGAGCGACGCAACAAUGUGUUUGACGCGAGUCGCGGCACGAUCCUCGUCACAUUUGUAGAUGUACAAAUGUAACGAGGAUCGUGCCGCGACUCGCGUCUAAUAAAUAUUUGUAGAUAUAUAGAAGAAUAACGAUUGCACAUUCUUUCGUUGACGUACAGAGUUCCCCUCGGGUGUGCGUCAGCGAAAGAGUAUGAGCAUCGCGCAGGUGUUCCAUCGAUGGGAUUAAUAACUUGCCGAAAUGUAUCCUGUAUAAUUAGCAAGAGUUAGCGAGAAGCUAUUUUUGAGAAGCUAUUUUUAUAAAAAUGAUAAAUGACUGAUGCAAACAGUGUUCGAUCUAGGACAAAUAUUUACAGACGUAAAACUGACAUUCCGUAUAAGAAGAGAUUACAAAAAAUGGAUAGGUUUAAGAUCGAGGAAGUACCGAGACAAUUUUCAAAUUGUACGUGUCGCCCGUAGUUACGAACGUAGGAUUAUUUAGCGUUUCUUUACAUUCUAAACGGCCUGUAAACGAAAUCGGGUAGACAGCGUGGCACGUUGUUAAUCCUAUCGCACGUGUAUAUUUUUAAUAUGAUAAACUAUAAAAUAACUUCCCGCUGAACUGUAACGAUUAUAUUUUUAAUUAUACGAUUUUUGUCGAUCGACACUGAAAAUCUCCCGAACGAUUUUAACCGUACGAUAUCGAGUGCUUUUGUCACUUUUAUAUAUAUAUAUAUCGAACUGUAAAAAAAGAGAAAAAUGCAGACUUAACAAUUAUUUGCAUAUCGGAAGAAUAAAGCUGAUGUCAAUUGUGUGUAAGUUUCUGAUAGGUCGUAUACAUUAUUUACGCGUCCGAAAUGAGAACACAAACUGACGAUUCGAGGAAAGUUCACGGUUCACCGAGAGGUUCGGUGAACAUUUAAAGAGAUAGUAUAACCGUUCCACAGCCUUCCAUUAAGCGUUAACAAAUAUUAGCGAUUCAAAGGUAGUUUUUAAACGAAAGACUGGAACACCCAUUGUGAAACGUUCAUGUACAUGCGUGGUAGACUCUUCGAAUUCUUUGAUAUUUGAUUCUUAAAUUGUUCGAAACGACCAUCGUUCUACAUUCUACGUCGUAAAAUAAUAAACGAACGUUGCUAGACGAUGUAUAUACGAUAGACGAUCAUUUAUCGUGUAUCUUAUUACCGUCCUGGAGCUGUUAAUCGUCUCGUUGAAUUGAAAGAGAAAACAUAUCAUUAAACCGCGGACUCUUGCGCAACGUUUGUAAUAAUAAAUGGAGACUCUAUUCGUUGUAUCCUUAAAAAUCGAUGUUCCGCUCAAUUAUACUUCCUGUACAUCAAAUUUUUCUACAAAUGGAUAGUUCGCAGUCUACGUGUCGCAGAUAUCUAAAAAGAUGUUCGAACGCCGUUUCAGGUGGUACUAACUAUUUCGAGUAGGAUAGUAAUUGACGAGUAGGAUAUACUCGCGAAGGGUCUGGCAAAGCUUUUCACAGACAUUUUGUAAAUGUAAUUGAUAUUUCCAAGACUCUUCAGAGAUGUACUCUACGAUACUCCUGAAGCGUGACAUCUCCUGCUUCUUACAAGCAAGUGCUGUUUCAAGUGGUUUUAACUGACUCAGUUGUCCAUUGUCGAGUACAACAAAAACUUUGUAAGGAUGAACACGAGUGAUAUCACAGUUCUCUAUUAUUAUGAAUAGUAGUUACGGUUGCAACGUUACUCAUUGAAUUCUAGUGCUACAUAUUUUAUGACGAAUCGUUGUCGCAUUAUUGUUUUGACGAUGCCAGGCAUUGAAUUUAGAGUUACUUUAUAACAUACUACAUAGCGCAGAGUAUAUUUGAUUAUAAUAUAUUUUAAGAUGUUAAUUAUUAUUAUCAUUAUUAUUCGCAUACGUCGAUUCGAUUGGCUAUCGCGUACAGAAGAGUGAAUAGAAGGAGCGUAUUCGAAAGAAAAAUAUCUAGCUUUACAUGACACUUACUCCCGAGGCCAGAGAAAUUAUCGUCGAGAAUCAGGCGACAAUGAAAAUAUUUAAUGUUUCAUAAAAGUGACCGAACGACAUUUCUUCUCGUUGGACAAUGGAUGUGAAAACUUGUAUUUGUCCUGCAAAUAAUAAAUGCGAUCGGCUCGUUUAUUUAGAA